UGUGUGCUAAAGCAAUAGAGGAAAUUGCAACUCGACUGCUGCACGCAAUCAUGACGCAAUCGCCACAGACCUAGAUAGUAGGUGUACAAACAAAAUCGUCGCGUCGUCGAUUGUGGCCACUGACUACAAAAACAGUAUCGAUCGAUGCUAGCAAAGAGAUUGAUUUCAAAUAACCAGCAGCUAGCUCUCUAGUUGCAAAAUAAUCGAAGUUUCCUGUGCUGCGUGUGCACAGCAUUGCACACUGCAAGCGCGCAGUGCACACGCAUUGCACACGCAUUGCGCACCUGACCCCGCGCCCACGCCAAUGCACUCGCCCGGCGUUGUGCAGCACCUCUCUAGCUAUAUAACUGACUGCAAGCACCAGCAGACUUCAUUCAGUUCUAUCUCAAUUCAUUCUGUUCGAGUGUCGAGUACAGUAGCGAUGCCUGACUUCUGUGACUGUUGCAAACGAGACCAGUGUGGAUGCGGCGACUGUAAGUGUGCCGUAGACUGUGGUUGUCGUGGAAAGUGCUGUCCGGUGUGUCAGUGCAACGAUUCUUGUCCUGGCAAAGUGAACUGUGGCUGCGGUGACUCUUGUGUGUGUCGAGAAGGUUGUUGUUCGUAACGUACAGUAGCAGCAGCAGUAGACUUUAAUAUGACCUAGAGCUAGUUUAUAAAGUUGCAUUUUUAGUUUUGAACUUUAUUCUUGUUGACACUACGCGUUCACGUAAUCCAUGUGCUAGACAUAAACAGUUCUGUACGUACGCUACCUAUGGACUAAGACAAAAUAUGAAAUUUUCGUUAUGUU